AGCGAGUCUUCUUCACGAUUCGUUCCGUGCGUGCGAAGUCGCUCGUGUCGCUGGGGCGGUGACCUCUCUCUCUACGACCCCCGACCCCGACCCCCCGAUCCCCGACCUCUUUCUCUGCUAUUCGUUGCGAAUAAAGAAUCCAUCUAUACUUCUCUUUUGCAUUGCAGCUCCGAUCGCGGUUGUUCAGCUCUGUACGAAGCUCUUGUUCGUUCGCGUUUCUCCGGCUGCCCCAGCAGGUUUCAUUCUCCAGAUCACUUACAAAUUCUCUGAGUUGAAGGCACCCUAGGCAAUUGAUUCAUGAGGACAUCAGUGAAGGGUUGUUGGUGAUCUAAGAUGAGGUUAAUGGUAUCAUUAAUUUGGUUUCAGCCCUUUUGUUUUGAACUACUCCAUUUUGAUGGUUUUACAAGUCUUGGUUGGUGUUGGAGGUCUCGAUGGUGGAAUAGUGAAAUUCUGAGUCUCGAAGUACUUGGCAUUUAAGGAGUGCACCAGAAAGAUGCAUGUGCAGGCACAUAUGUCUGGACAGAUUUCAGGGCAGGUACCAAAUCAAGCUGGCUCCCAGUUGUCGGGUCUACCUCAGCCGAAUGGAAAUUCUCUACCUUCCCAGAUGUCAAAUUUAGGUGGUUUUCGUGGUAUGUUCAAUAUGGAUCCUGAUUUUUCUAUGGUGCGCAAAUAUAUGCGGGAAAGAAUCCACCAACUUUUCCAGCAGCGGCCACCGACAUCUCAUGAAAUGCAGGCAAGGAUACCGGACAUUGUAAAGCGCUUGGAGGAGUGUCUGCUUAAGACUGCCAACUCAAAGGAGGAAUAUAUGAACAUGGACACAUUAGAGCAUCGCUUACAAGCUCUACUCAGACGAUCAGCUCCCAUUAACCACAAUCAGCAUCUUAUUUCUUCUUCCUCAUCCAUUGGUACAAUGAUACCAACCCCUGGUAUGUCACACAGUGGAAGCUCAAAUUCAACUGUUACUUCUAUGGACAAUUCCAUGAUUGCUGGCAAUUCUUGUAAUUUGAUGGCAUCAAACACGGUCAACAGAGGAAGCUUGUUGACCACUGCCAAUGGGUCUGCUGGUGGCAUUCACGGGUCCCUAUCUAAUGGAUAUCAGCAAUCACCUGCCAAUGUCUCAAUUUGCUCUGGUGGAAAUAAUGUGACGUCAUCAAUGGGUGUGCAAAGAAUUUCCAGCCAAAUGAUUCCUACACCUGGGUUGGUUAGUACCCAGUCCUCCAUGAAUUCUGAAUCCUCUAAUACUGGUGUUGGGUUUUCGACUGUUGAUUCCGCGAUGAUUUCACAGCCCCAGAAGCAGAAACAAUACAUUGGUGGUCAAAACAGCCGUAUAUUGCACAGCCUUGGAGGGCAAAUGGGCAUUGGUACAAGGUCUAGCUUGCCUCAGAAUCCCUCAACGUAUGGAUUUUCGAAUGGAGCUCUAAAUGGUGGGUUGGGUGUGAUGGGGAACAAUAUGCAACUGCUGAAUGGGCCUGCAGCAUCUGAAGGUUAUGGUUCUGCCUCUACCUAUGGUAGUUUACCAAAGCCUCAAAAUCAACACUUUGAUCCACAACGUCCGCAACAAUUGAUGCAAACUCUGUCCCAGCAAAUGAUUCCAUCUGGAUGUGAUGGAUAUACAAUGAAUGCUGCUGAUCUAACUGGGUCGGGAAACUUAUAUGGCUCCGCAACAUCUGUUGGAUCUGCUAUUAAUAACCAGAGUCCAAUCACAGCCAGCUUGCAGGCUAAGUCAAAAGCCAACUCUUUAACGGCCUCUCAGCCUAAUAUGCAAGCAUUACAACAGACUGCACAUAUAAAGCCCCAAAAUGUUGAUGAAUCGUCAAAGAUGAAUUUCCAAUCUCACCACUCAGGUAGGGAAAAUUUGUUGCAAUCUCAUCAACACACGCAGAAGUUUCAGCAACAGCCUCAUCAGUUUCAACAACAACAAUAUCUUCAACAUCCACAAAGGCAACAAUUUCAGCAGCAGGAGCAGCAGCAACAACUUUUGGUGAAGAAUGAUGGUUUCAGACAGUCUCAGUUGGCUUCAGGUAUAGGUGGUCAACUAACUUCCGAGUGUCGAACAGAAUCUCAUAAUGAAAUCCUCCCAUCGCUGGUUCAUGAACAGUUCCAGCUUUCUGAGUUUCAUAAUCAAUUCCAGCAGAAUAAUGCUGCUGAUCCAUCUGGCCAACAGGAUUUAGGCUCAUCAAUUCCCCAGGAUUCUCAUCAAAUGCAACAAUUAUCGCAUCAACAUCAGCUGUUGGCAGAGUCCCAUAAUGAUUUUAGUUGCCUCUCUCCUGGAGUACAAACAGAACCUGUACUUCAGGGCCAAUGGCAUCCUCAAUCACAGGGAACGUCUGAUAUACAAGAUUAUUCUUCACAUCACUGGCAUGUCCAAGAGGAAUUUCAUCAACGAAUAAGUGGACAAGAUGAAGCUCAACGACCUCAUCUAUCUUCAGAAGGAUCUAUCACUGGUCAAACUGCCGCUUCAAAAAGUACUGUGGUGCACCCAACUUCAAGUGGGGCAUCCUGUAGACCUGGAAAUGCAACAGAACGGCGGUGGCGGAAUCAGCAGAGGUGGUUGCUGUUCUUGGAUCAUGCUCGUGCAUGUUCAACUCCAGAAGGAAAAUGCCCUGAAGUUAAUUGUGUCACUGUACAAAAGCUGUGCAGGCAUAUGCUGCAGUGCAAUGUUAAUAAUUGUUCAUAUCCUCGCUGCCAACCCUCCAAGGUAUUGCUUCUACAUUUCAGAAAUUGCAGUGGGCCAGAGUGUCCCGUUUGUGUUCCUGUCAAGAAUAUUCUACAGUUGAAUCGUCAGGCACACUCUCGUCCAUCAUUAGACAGUGGUUUACCUAAUCAGAUCAAUGGAUCUUGGAAAUCCAUUGAUACUGGAACUGGAGACACUUCAAAAAUGGCUUCAAAAACUAGUUCUUCAACUGCUGAAACUUCAGAAGACCUACAUUCCUCGGUGAAACGCAUAAAGAUAGAGCAUCAUUCCCCAACUCUUAUGCCCAAGGGUGAAGCGACUGGCCAACCUCUUGUGUCCCCAGAUGCUCAGACCCAAGUGUGCCAACAGAUUGAAAUGUGUAUGACUGUUAAAUCUGAGGUUCCCGAAGUGAAGAUGGAACCACCUGUAAAUUCUGGUCGUGGAAGUCCUAAUUUUAGUGAAAUGAAGAAGGAUGGUUUAGAUGACAGCUACAAUGUGAGACCUGGUGAACCUAUUAUUCUAAUUGAGACAGAUGGCCUUGCUAAUCAAGAAAGCAUGAAAGUUGAGAAAGAGAUUGAUCAGGCUAAGCAGGAGCUAAAGCAGGAGACCACUACUACCUUGCCUUCUGAACAGUCCACUGGAACCAAAUCAGGAAAGCCAACAAUAAAGGGUGUAUCACUAACUGAACUUUUCACUCCAGAGCAAAUUCGGGAGCAUAUUAUUGGUCUAAGGAAAUGGGUUGGCCAGAGUAAAGCUAAGGCUGAAAGAAACCAGGCAAUGGAACAUUCAAUGAGUGAGAACUCUUGUCAGCUGUGUGCAGUGGAAAAACUUACAUUUGAACCUCCACCUAUAUAUUGCACACCUUGUGGUGCACGCAUCAAGCGGAAUGCCAUGUAUUAUACUGUGGGAACUGGUGACACACGGCACUACUUUUGUAUUCCUUGCUACAAUGAGGCUCGUGGAGAGAUCAUUGAGGUUGAUGGAACUGCUAUUCCGAAGACAAGGCUAGAGAAGAAGAGAAAUGAUGAAGAAACUGAAGAGUGGUGGGUUCAAUGUGAUAAAUGCGAGUUUUGGCAACAUCAAAUAUGUGCUCUCUUCAAUGGUCGAAGAAAUGAUGGGGAAGCUGAAUACACUUGUCCUAAUUGCUACAUAGCAGAGAUUGAAAGGGGAGAGCGUAAGCCCUUACCACACAGUGCUGUUCUUGGUGCAAAGGAUUUACCCAGAACAAUCCUUAGUGACCAAAUAGAACAGCGACUUUUUAAACGACUGAAGCAGGAGAGACAAGACAGGGCCAGGUUUCUGGGGAAGAGUUACGAUGAGGUUCCAGGAGUAGAAGCACUGGUUGUGAGAGUGGUAUCAUCUGUUGACAAAAAGCUGGAAGUGAAGCAAAGGUUUUUGGAGAUUUUUCAAGAAGAGAAUUACCCCUUGGAAUAUCCAUAUAAAUCAAAGGUAGUUCUGUUAUUCCAGAAGAUUGAAGGUGUAGAAGUUUGCCUCUUUGGCAUGUACGUUCAAGAAUUUGGUUCAGAAUGCCAGUUCCCAAAUCAGCGGCGAGUGUAUCUGUCGUAUCUGGAUUCUGUCAAAUAUUUCAGACCUGAAGUUAAAACAGUUACAGGAGAGGCUCUUCGUACAUUUGUGUACCAUGAAAUUCUUAUAGGAUACCUUGAGUAUUGCAAGAAACGGGGUUUCACAAGCUGCUAUAUAUGGGCUUGCCCACCAUUGAAGGGUGAAGAUUAUAUUUUAUACUGUCAUCCUGAAAUUCAGAAGACACCAAAAUCUGAUAAGCUCAGGGAAUGGUAUUUAGCAAUGUUAAGAAAAGCGGCCAAGGAAAAUAUAGUGGUUGAUCUGACUAAUUUAUAUGAUCAUUUCUUCGUGUCUACUGGUGAAUGUAAGGCUAAGGUAACUGCAGCUAGACUGCCAUAUUUUGAUGGUGACUACUGGCCUGGUGCUGCGGAGGAUAUGAUUAAUCAGCUCCGUCAAGAAGAAGAUGGUAGAAAACAACAAAAGAAAGUCAAAAAGAGUAUAACAAAAAGGGCCUUGAAAGCUGCUGGACAAGCUGAUCCUUCUGGCAAUGCCUCAAAAGACGUUUUACUAAUGCAGAAACUUGGUGAAACCAUCAGUCCAAUGAAAGAAGAUUUUAUCAUGGUUCACUUGCAGCAUGCCUGCACUCACUGUUGUAUUCUUAUGGUGUCUCAAAAUCGUUGGAUUUGUAAACAGUGCAAAAAUUUUCAGCUUUGUGACAAGUGUUAUGAAGCUGAACAGAUAAUUGAAGAGAAGGAUAGACAUCCAAUCAACAGUCGGGAAAAGCAUGCACUCUUCCCUGUCGAAGUGACUUACGUACCUGCGGAAACUAAAGAUAAAGAUGAGAUUCUUGAGAGUGAAUUCUUUGACACUAGGCAGGCGUUUCUGAGUCUCUGUCAAGGAAAUCAUUAUCAGUAUGAUACCCUACGCCGGGCUAAGCACUCUUCAAUGAUGGUCCUGUAUCAUCUUCAUAAUCCAACUGCACCUGCUUUUGUGACAACAUGCAUUAUCUGCUAUCAUGACGUUGAAGCUGGUCAGGGAUGGCGUUGCGAAAUAUGCCCUGAAUAUGACGUAUGCAACGCGUGUUAUCAAAAGGAUGGUUGUGUUGAUCAUCCUCAUAAGUUGACAAAUCAUCCCUCUACGGCCGAUCGGGAUGCACAGAACAAAGAAGCUCGGCAGAAACGAGUUAUGCAGCUUAGGAAAAUGCUUGAUCUUUUGGUGCAUGCUUCUCAAUGCCGCUCUCCACACUGCCAGUACCCAAAUUGUCGCAAGGUUAAGGGGCUCUUCCGCCACGGCAUUCAAUGCAAAAGACGUGCUUCUGGAGGUUGUCUCCUCUGUAAGAAAAUGUGGUAUCUCCUUCAACUUCAUGCCCGAGCUUGCAAAGAAUCUGAAUGCCACGUACCACGUUGCAAGGACUUGAAAGAACAUUUAAGGAGGUUGCAGCAACAAUCUGAUUCUCGGCGGAGGGCUGCAGUGAUGGAGAUGAUGAGACAACGAGCAGCGGAGGUUAAAGGGAAUACAGGAUGAUGAACUUGUACAUAUAGAUGGACUUCUGGGAGAUCAACCUCAAGGGAAACGACUGAUCUCAUUCAUUAGGGUGGUCACGUGAGCUUCUACCAGAACUGUUUUGAGGUUCUUGGAGCAAAGAAGCAGUUCAACUACUAGAUGCUGAAGGGAAAAGAGUGACAACAGAUAUUCUAGGAGUAUUCGUGGUCAACACUCUGCGGUAUAGUCAGUGUGGUAUACAAGCCAGAGUUGUCCUCUUCAACCACUGCUAACCAUGUCCUUCCAAUAUGCCAGUUGGAGUUAGUAUUGAUCGAUCUUCAGCCCCGCUGAGGUUAUUCUUUGAUUUAUCCUCUGUAUUUCUGUGCCAUCCUUGGCUGGCCUAGUGUACAAUAGAUGUCAUAAUUUGUCCGAAAUAUAAAGUAAAAGAAAAGGGGGGUGGGUGAUCUUCCUUGGAAAGGAGAUUUGGGGAGUCGGUCUUCUUUUUCCCUUUAUUUUUGGGGGUGGGGGAAGGGCAGCCCCUGCAUUUGUUGCUGUCCUGUUUUGUAGAAUUCCGUUUUAUUUAAAGGUGAAGAAAGAAUAAGUAUUUCCAAA